GGGCGCUUCACUGAUCCGCUACUGCCAUGGACGGAUCCGGGGACGAGUAUAUGAAAUACCGCUCACCGCUGGUGUCGCGGUACGCCAGCAAAGAGAUGGCCUAUAACUUCAGCGACAGGAAGAAAUUCACCACGUGGAGAAAACUGUGGAUUUAUCUCGCUAAGGCCGAGAAGGCGUUGGGUCUCCCCAUAACUGAUGCCCAGGUGAGCGAGAUGGAGUCUCACGCGAACGACAUUGAUUUCGUCAUGGCUGCAGAGGAAGAGAGGAAGUUGAGGCAUGAUGUCAUGGCUCAUGUGCACACGUUCGCUCAUUGCUGUCCCACUGCUGCUCCCAUCAUCCACUUGGGUGCCACUUCCUGUUAUGUGGGAGACAACACGGAUCUGAUAAUGCUGCGUGAUGGAUUUGAUAUUCUGCUACCCAAGUUGGCUCGUGUCAUAGACAGGCUGGCUAACUUUGCAGAGAAAUACGCCGACCAGCCGACUUUAGGCUUCACCCACUAUCAACCAGCUCAGCUGACUACUGUCGGGAAGCGUGCGUGUCUGUGGCUGCAGGAUCUGGUCAUGGACAUGCGCAAUCUUCAGCGUGCAAGAGAGGACCUGCGCUUCCGGGGCGUCAAAGGAACCACAGGCACUCAGGCCAGCUUCCUGCAGCUCUUCCAGGGGGAUCAUGAGAAGGUGGAGGAGUUGGAUAGGAAGGUCACUGAGAUGGCUGGAUUUAAAAAAUCAUACUUGGUGACUGGUCAGACGUACAGUCGUAAGGUGGAUGUCGACUCGCUCUGUGUGCUGGCCAGCCUCGGAGCCUCCGUACACAAGAUUUGCACUGAUAUUCGUCUGUUGGCUAAUCUGAAAGAGAUCGAGGAGCCGUUUGAGAAAGAGCAGAUUGGUUCCAGUGCUAUGCCGUACAAGAGAAACCCCAUGCGUGCUGAGCGCUGCUGUAGUCUUGCUCGCCACCUGAUGGCGCUGGUGUCAGACCCUCUGCAGACCGCAUCAGUGCAGUGGCUGGAAAGAACCCUGGACGACAGCGCUAACAGGAGGAUCUCAUUGCCCGAGUCCUUCCUCACAGCUGACAUCAUCCUCAGCACUCUGCAGAACAUCACUGAAGGGCUGGUGGUGUAUCCUAAGGUAAUCGAGAGGCAUAUCCGUCAUGAGCUGCCCUUCAUGGCUACUGAAAACAUCAUCAUGGCCAUGGUGAAGGCCGGAGGAAACAGACAGGACUGCCAUGAGAAGAUCCGUGUGCUGUCCCAGCAAGCUGCGGCCGUGGUCAAACAGGAAGGGGGAGAUAAUGACCUACUGGCUCGGGUUCAGGCUGAUCCAUAUUUCACCCCCAUACUCGGACAGCUGGACAGCGUUCUGGAUCCCAAAACCUUCAUCGGCCGAGCCCCGCAACAGGUUACAAGAUUUUUGUCUGAGGAGGUCAGAACUGUUCUAGAGCCGUACAAAAGUAAAAUGGACGUGAAGAUUGAACUAGAGCUUUAAGACACACACACAUGUGACUCUGUGACUGAUGCAUCAGAACUGUAUGACAAUGAAUAAAUGCUAAGCUGUUUAA